AUGUAUCACAGAAUUUUAGUAUUAUUUUUGUCGUUCUUGUUUGUUACAACAGAGGCGGCAAAAAUUCUAGGAGUGUUUCCAAUGCCGUCCUUAAGUCAUCAAAUCGUAUUCCGUAGAAUAACUCAGGAACUUGCUAAAAGGGGUCAUGAAGUGACAGUAAUUACAACUGAUCCAGCAUUUCCCGAAGGAAAUGGACCAACAAAUCUUAAAGAAAUCGAUAUUCAUGAUGUAUCUUACGCACUUUUCCAAGAAACUUUUCAAACUAAAUACAAGGCCGGUGCUAUGAAACAUCAAACAUUUGCAGAAAUGAGAGAAGGACUCCGAAUAUUCUCAAGUCUUUUUCACAUCCAGGUACAAACACCACAAGUUCAAGAACUCAUAACAAACAAGAACAAUACAUUUGACUUAAUAUUAAUCGAGGCUGUUACGCGCCCUGACUAUUUAAAUCAAUUUGAUGUGCAUGAAAUGUUGAAACAAGAUUUUGGCUCAGAUGUUCCAGCUUUAGAAGAAUUAUAUAAUAAUGUGCACUUGUUGUUUCUCAAUAUUCAUCCUAUCUGGGCAGACAAUCAGCCUGUACCACCCGGUGUUAUAUUUACGGGUGGAAUUCAUCAAUUACCUGAAAAGGAGCUACCAAAGGAUCUAAAAACCUACUUGGACUCGUCGAAGCGUGGUGUUAUCUACGUGAGUUUUGGGACCAAUAUAUUGGCAAGAAUGUUUGAACCAGAAACAGUUAAAAUUAUAGUGAACGUAUUAUCCAAGUUACCCUAUGAUGUUUUGUGGAAAUGGGAUCAGGACGAGCUGCCAGGGAAUCUGGAUAAUAUAAAAAUAUCCAAAUGGCUACCACAAUCAGACUUAUUGAGACAUCCUAAAAUGAAGCUGUUUGUUACACAAGCUGGACUUCAAUCAACGGAUGAAGCUAUCACUGCUGGUGUGCCGCUUGUUGCUAUACCUAUGUUAGCCGAUCAAUGGUAUAAUGCUCAAAAGUAUGUCAAGCAUGGUAUCGGUAUGAAACUCGAUAUUGACUUUUUAACUGAGGACAAACUAAAACAUGCCAUAGAAACUGUAAUAUCGGACGAAAGCUAUCGCCGUAACAUCAUUAAGCUUCGUGACAUAAUGCGUGAUCAGCCAGAGACGCCCCUAGAGCGAGCGAUAUGGUGGCUUGAAUAUGCCAUAAGACACGGUGGAGCAAAACAACUUCGCGCACCAACAGCUAACAUUUCAACGGCUGAAUAUUUUGAAUUGGAAUUGGUUUUAAUUGUGCUAUCAAUAGCAGUCGCGGCUUUUAUGUUAUUUAUUUGUUUCCUGUGCCGUUUGGGUAAAGAGGCGGCCAAAAUUCUAGGAGUGUUUCCUAUACCGUCUAUUAGCCAUCAAGUUGUGUUCCGUAAAAUAACUCAGGAACUUGUUAAAAAGGGUCAUGAAGUGACAGUUAUUACACCGGAUCCAGCGUUUCCCGAAGGAAAUGGACCAGCAAAUCUUAAAGAAAUUGAUGUCCAUGAUGUAUCUUACGCAUUUUGGCAAAGUAUUUUUCAGUCUAAGUACAAGGCCGGUAUACACAAUACCCCAAGUUUUUCAGAAUUAAGAGAAGGAACCAAACUAUUUUCAUACCUUUUACACAUUCAGAUAGAAACUCCAAUGGUUCGAGAAUUGAUAACAAACAAAAACAACAAAUUUGAUCUAAUAUUAGUAGAGGCGGUAAUGCGACCUGCGCUUGUUUUUUCACAUAUUUUUAAAGCGCCAGUAAUUUUGAUGAGUUCUUUUGGGGCUAUUUUUAACAAUCACGACAUUAUGGGUUCACUGACACACCCAAUUUUGUAUCCUUCUACGCUUCAGUUCAAGAUUUACAAUCUAACUUUCUGGGAAAAAAUUGAAGCUCUACGCUUACACUACACAUAUGAAUACGCAUCCUACUUAAACGAAUUUGAUGAACACCAAAUUUUGCAACAAGAUUUUGGAUCAGAUGUCCCAGCUAUAAAAGAAUUAUAUAAUAAUGUACAUAUGUUGUUUCUAAAUAUUCAUCCUGUUUGGGCAGAUAAUCAGCCUGUACCUCCUGGUGUUGUAUUUAUGGGUGGAAUCCAUCAAUUACCUCAAAAGGAGCUACCAAAGGAUUUAAAAACAUACUUGGACUCGUCGAAACGUGGUGUCAUAUACGUGAGUUUUGGUACCAAUGUAUUAGCAGGAAUGAUUUCACCGGACAAAGUUCAAGUAAUGGUGAAUGUAUUAUCUAAGUUACCAUAUGAUGUUUUAUGGAAAUGGGACCAAGAUGAGCUGCCGGGAAAAUCAGAUAACAUUAGAACGUCCAAAUGGUUACCACAAUCCGAUUUAUUGAAACAUCCCAAAAUAAAACUGUUUGUUACACAAGCUGGACUUCAAUCUACAGAUGAAGCUAUCACUGCUGGUGUACCGCUUGUUGCUAUACCAAUGUUAGGAGAUCAAUGGUACAAUGCUGAGAAAUAUCUCAAGCAUGGUAUUGGUAUGAAACUUGCGAUUGACUCUUUGACUGAAGAGCAACUGAAAUAUGCUAUAGAAACUGUGAUCACAGACGAAAGUUAUCGUCGACAAGUAACUAAGCUUCGUGACAUAAUGCUUGAUCAGCCGGAGACGCCACUAGAGCGAGCGAUGUGGUGGCUUGAAUAUGCCAUAAGACAUGGUGGAGCAAAACAACUUCGCGCACCAACAGCUAACAUUUCAAUGGCUGAAUAUUUGGAAUUGGAAUUGGUUUUAAUUGUGCUAUUAACGGCAGUCACUGCUUUAAUACUAUUAAUUCUUAUUUUCGUAUAUGAAAGAUAG